CUCCUCGCGAGGAGCAAAAGAUGUGAGCUAUGGGAGCGUCAGCCUUUUCUGUGACUACGACUUGUUGCCGCGCUUCCAGUGCAAGUCUCGUACUAAGGACGCUUCUAUGACGCGUUGGGCAACAGGAGACUUGCAUCAGAAGAUCCAUUAUCGAGGGCAUGGCAAGAGAUUCGCUAAAGAUUUUAGGAUGCGGUCUCUAAAUUUGGACCUCUGGCUCCCACUGACCGUGCUCCGUGGACGCCUAUAACUGAGAGUGAUUCUCACAUGUUUGGAGCAGUGUCGUGAGGCCUGAGGAGGAAGAAGGAUCGGUCACGCUCGAGCCAAAACCAACACCGAUCGGGAAGAGCAAUCACUCGCGUCGCCAGAAAUCUUCCAUCUCCUCUCGUCCUCCAAGACACUCUCCAGAAAUUUUGCUCUUCAGCAAUUCUGUAUGUUCUGUAUGUCGUUUCGUCUCGUGUUUGAUUGUCCUCGCUCUAGUACCAUAAAAUUUGCUGCCUCGUGCUGACAAUCGUCGCAGACUUCCGGGGCGAAAAAAAAUUUGAGUUUCCUUCGAGAGAUGUCCGUCGACUGGCUGUAUCAGAGGAUGUCCCUGGGCAUGGUAUACGCGGUGGCACUUUUGGUCGUGAUUCUCACGGUGCUCAAGGUGUUCGGUCUCAGCUAGCGAGGUGUGAAAUUGGAAGACGAGGAGAACGGAAUAGGACAGAGGAGGAGAGAUGCCAAUUGCCGAGGCGUGCGCAGUGACAUGUAGUUUAGGAACCCUAGUCGCGAAGGUCUACAAAGUGUGCGCGAAAAUCGUCAAGAGCGACUUCGCGCUGAUUCUGGAUGACAGCGGCUCGCAACUGUCGGUCACUGCCACCGUCACCACUUGGAUCAGGGAGCUCUCGGAUUCCAUGAGCAUCAUGCAGAAGUUCUGUUUUGCUAUGGUCAUCGUGCUGCUCAUCACGCUGGUGAUCGUUUGCAGCGCGAGAGCCAUCACCCACCACUGCGAGUCAUCCGCGAGCUUCGAAGAGAACGAAGAUAAACGUCGACCCAUCUAUUCCUACAAGAAGCCCAGCCCUUCGACGACGAACUCAUCCUUCAUGGAAUCGUGGGUGGCUUCACAGAGGCGGCUCGCCAAGUACUCUCUCGGGGCACCUUUGAUCUGCUGACAACGAAGAUGAGAGGCGCAGACGACGAACUGAAUCGAAAUUUCUCGAUACCCAUACAGCUGCUGCUGGCUAUAGUUGUAAUCCUAUCGAUCUCUGAAGCAAAAGGGAUCCCCUGACCUUGUCCUAUCUCGGACUCGGUCUUGCAAUUCUAAUGCGAUUAUAAUAUUAUAGUUAUGCAUGACGGACUUGCAUCCGAACCUCCGGCUCGAGGCGACGAAGGGCUCCGGAUACUCACGACGAUUGUACACAAUUUCCUACGUUUUCACAGCAGACGCAGCCGGCUCGUGGAGUUGAAGAUUAUUCCUCCGCUCUCUGCUGAAUUCGAUGAGUCUAAUCUCCUCGGAAGGCUCGCAUCCGAGCUUUGGGCCGCCGAUUUGAAACGCUGAGGAGUUCCAGAAGGAGGCUUUGUCUUGUUUUUGGUGGGGGUGGGGGUGGAGGCCAUGGACAUCGAAGGUGGGACCAGCUGGAUGAGUUGGAUGCGCAUGCAGUUUAUGAGUCCCGGUCACGGCUGCCUUCAAAAUUGAUGAGAACCCACGGGUGGGUGGCAGAGUUGCUUCCGAGCCUUGAGCGACCAAUGAAAUUGCAACAGAGCUCCGGUGCAGGAAUCCCCUGAGAAAUGCGGCGUGGACGCGAAGAUCUUGAAAGGGGACCGGCCGCACAAUGAUGCGCUCGGAGGUGACAAUACACCAGAAAGUAAGGCUAGCGGAUUGAGUUGUCAUUCUAGGCGUCGUAGGUUGACAUGUCAGGGAAGAGACAUGGAGAAAAGAGCUCUACACGUGAUGCAUGGUGACCUUAGUCGGCGAUUGCAAGAUUAUAGCUUCGAAACCGAAUGCCAUAUCUAUCAUCGUUCUGAUGUGUAUUACGACUGAUCAAUGUCUGAACAAAAGUGUUAUCAACGUUGUGCCAUUUUCUUCGUUAUC